AUGGUGUCCCCAUGGCGGAAGGAGGAGCCGGUCGCAUGGCCCUUCAGGUUUGCAGGUGGAGAGCGCGGCUUGGUCGCCGCCAUGGCGCCCGCGGUCGCCGUGAAUCCCGUCAUCAAGCCUGCCACGCUGGUGACCCUCAAGGUGCAGGACACCCAGCGGCGCGUCGUCACGCGUACCAUGCGGAGGACCGACAAGCUGCAGGUCCUCAUGGACUGCUACUACGACGUGGUGUGCUCGGCCGGCGCCGGCGCCGGCGCCGGCACGCGCGGCGCGGGGCGCUUCGUGUUCGAUGGAAAGAGGCUGAAAGGUGAGCAGACGACGAAGGACCUCGGGAUGAAGAGCGGCGACCAGAUCGACUUUUUCGGUGAUCUGGGAGCAACAGACGGCGGCGACGCCGAGGAGGAGGUGGAUGAGGACGUGCACGUGACGGUCAAGGUGCAGGACACGGCGGGGCGUACUGUGAAGUUCACAGUUCGGAAUACCCAGAAGCUGCAAGUGAUUAUGAACGACUACUAUGCCAGCGUGCCGGGCGUCACAGUGGGCACGGGCAAGUUCCUGUACGACGGCAGGCAGCUGAAAGGGGGGCAGACGCCCGCGGACCUGAAGAUGGAGGGCGAGGGCGAGGGCGAGGACGAGAUCUUGAUCGACUUCUUCAUCGACAUGAUGGGUGGCGGCGGGUGGGCGGCUGCAGGCUGCUGCUGCUGCUGCUGA